AUGAUUUACGAGUUUCGGACAUACGACCUGCAGCCGCGAAGUGUGCCUGAUUUCGAAAAGCGCUUCGGAGAGAAGUUGCCAGGCAGACUCGAAUUUUCGCCGCUUGGGGGCUUGUGGCAUACGGAGGCCGGCCCUCUGAACCAGGUGCUGCACAUUUGGCCCUAUGACGACAUGAACCACCGCACAGACACCAGGGCCAAGGCGACAGCUGCAGGAGCCUGGCCGCCGAACACAUCUGAGUUCGUGGUCAACAUGCAGUCGGACGUCUAUUUGCCGGCGCCUUUUACGAAGCCUCUCGGCGAGCGCAAGGUCGGACCGCUAUACGAAAUUCGUAUAUACACCUACCAGCCCGGGGACAUUCCUAAGGUCAUUGAGGCUUGGGGUAACGCUAUCGAGGAGCGCGAGAAGUAUUCGCCGCUGGUUGGGGCGUUCUACUCCGAUGUAGGCGCGCUGAACAAGUGGGUUCACAUGUGGGCAUACGAAAGUUUUGAGCAUCGCACGCAGGUGCGCAAUGAAACGCGCGCGAAAGGCGUGUGGCCGCCCAGCAGCCCAGUCGCGCCGGUGCAUCAGGAGAACAAAUUGCUUCUGCCUGCCGAGUGCUCUCCCAUGCAAUAG